CGGGCCCGGCGCGUACAGUGAACGGUCGCCAGUAGUAGCUACCAUCGCGUGUUUGUGUGUUUGUCAGUGGAACGGUACAGUUUGUGCCGGUUUUAAGAUCUUAUGGCGAUAUUUUCGUGAACACAAAAUCAGUCAAAAUAUAAGGAUGCCACGCCUAGAGCAGCCUCCGGAAGACUUCCGCCGCAUUCUGCGGGAGAAAGCGCUGAGCCACAGCCUGUUCUACUGGAAGCUGGGCGCCGGAGCGACACCCGCGCGCGCGGCCGGCCAGGCCCUGCGUCACGGCCAGGCCCUGCGUCACGGCCAGGCCCUGCGUCACGGCCCGCCGGGGUCCCCGCGCCGGCUGAGCGACAGUUCGGUGGAGCGCGCGCCGCCGACCGCGCGUCCGCGACCCGCGCAGCCCCGAGUGAGCGAGCUGUUGAAGCGGUUCGAGGCCGGGCCCAUGCAGUACCUGCGGCCGCCCCGCGCCGCCAGCCCCGACGACAUCAGCUCGUCCGACGAUGACGACCGCGCCGCCGUCCGGCGCCGCAGCCGCGACCUGAGCGACGACUCCGCCGUCGAGCUGGAGCCCCGGCGGCGCCACUCGCACCCGCGGGACCUCACGCCGCCCGCGGACGCCGUGUCCCCGCGCCGCGAGAGGACCCUCAUAGAAGCCAACGUGAUCGAGCUCGACAGACGAGGCAGCGAGGGCUGCGAGACCCGGGCGCGCUGCGUCAGAACACCUAGCGUGGUCGUCAGCGACUACUCGGACGGUGUCGCCGUGGGAGCCACCCAGGAGGAAGUAGACUGGCUGAGGUCCAGGUCGCUGUCGGCCGACUCCGCCUGCUCCUCGUGUUCCACCCUCUCUAGUCGUGAAGAUGACGAGUUCGAGUCUCCGCCGAUGCCGAAAAAGAUGAUAAACGCCGAAUGAAGGCGCGGUUCACACUGAGCGACCUGGGACGGGAUCAUCGCCUUAUCUGCACAUACAUCGGCAGCUGAAGAUACACUUUCAUAAUAAUAUACAACCAAAAUAUUUGACAAUACAACGUUCUGCUCUGUAGUUUAAGUCGAUCGUUAUGUUGGCAUACGCUUAUUUUACUUCACUUUUCAACCGACAAUCAGACUGACAGUUGAAUUGGUAGCAAUUUUCUGCACUUAAACGUCCAUUGUUUUAUAAUAUAUAAGAAAUGUUUUCGUGACGUCUUGAAUUGCAGGCAAAGACGAUAGAAACUAUACAUAUACAUCAGAAAUCAGAAUUAUUAACAGUACCCCUAGUAAUAACAUAUACUUUAUUAUAUACUAAGAUGCCGCAGUCGCUCGUCGUACCGCUUCGCUACGGCGUAUAUUUGAGCGAAGGGAGGUAAACUGUCUGUAUCCAAAAACAAAACAAAAUUAAUCCAAACAAAAACAAUAAAAAGAAUUUUGAACAAUUUGUAAGUCAUGUUUGUUUUUAAUUAUUAUAAUUGAAUGAAGUCGAAAUUUAAAAUCCUAAAAACAAUAAAAAAAAUCAAAAGUUUUCCAUGAGUUCAAAAUUUUUUUAAAUCGGUCCAGAAAUGGCCGCGGAACAAUUUAACACAGAAAUCAAUUGGAGGCACCCGAUAGGAGCUCCGCUCAGCUUCGCUUCGCUUCUCUCAAUUAAUAAAAAUUUAAGAGGUAUACGUUGGUAUAUAAAUUUUUUUUAAAGCGAGUAUAAUUGUAAAAGUAAAAAUAAUUGAAUAUCGUGUAUUCUAUUAUUAUGAAGUGUUAUAUUAAAGUAUAAAAUAUUGCGAAUUAAAAAUCAAGAUGAAUUGGAAAUCCAAAUAAAGAGUUACACUCGUUAUUCGGUAGCACGCUUUAAUAAAUAUUAUACCAAUAGUAAAAAAUAUAACCGUUUAUAUUAAAGUGUGAUUCAUACAUUUUUAUUACAUUCGUAUCACGUUACGUCAUUCUUUGUUAAUUCUUUGAAUGUAAGCAACAAAACAAGCAGUAUCUAAGGAACAACUAAACCAAUUUGAUAAUAAUAUUUGUGUCCUAAUACUUCCUAAUUGAUCAUUCAGCAGUUGUCAAAUAAACACUGCAUCAGUAUGUCGUUAAUAAUAUCUAUAUCAUGUAAUAAACCUUAUGUUUUGUCUCCUGCUCUUAAAUAUUGUGGUUCUUUAUUCCUAAACGAAAUUUGUUGUAACCUGAGAAUUUCUAAGUAAAUAACGCCGCUUAAUUCUGUUAUUAAUAACCAAAGAAUACAAAAUUUCCAUUUACUCCCUUACUUCUUAUUAUAUAAUACUCAGAAUACAUAGUGAAUGAAAUAUGUGACCAAUUACAAUGGUCACAAAAAUCUUGAAUUUUAUAUGAUUCUCUUGCAUUAUGUUCCUUCAAUUUACUGUUCAGAUUGCCAAAGUUUUGCCAAACCUUAUGAAGUAUUAAUGCGUAUUCGAGCAUAUUCUACUUUCGUAUUUAAAGAAGCUAUUAUAUACAUAGGAUAUAAUAAUUGUAAUAUUAAAGUUUAUUUGUUUUUAAUUAUCAAAGAUAUAACUACUUUUACUUUUGUUAUAAUUUAAGAUGUUUACUUAGUUGUAUUACAUACUCAUUUAAAUGUAUUUUUUUAUUUAUAAAUUCGUUAUUGUGUGUAAUAAAAAUAAAUGCAGUAUUAUAAUCAUUCUCUUUUAUGAUUUUUAUAUUAUUUGCACGUGCGUUGGGAGCUCAAUAGGUCAAAGUGCAUCGUUCAAAUCAUAUUCCAUUUUGUUGUACUUUCGGUGCUGCAAGAGAAUAAAAUUACACCAGGUGACCCAUUCUGGUUUGUCCUCAACUUCUACAAGAAUUAUUGUACUCAUAUACGUAGUUAUAAUAUAAAAGAUAAUUUGACAAGUCAUUCCAGUUAUGCUUGUAUGUUCUCAUAACUCAUUAAUUUUAUUAAGUUAGCGUUUAAUUUCAAUCAAGAAUAAUGGAAUAAAACAUAUCAAUGAAUCUAGGUUUUAGGUAAUUAUUUAUUAUUAGCUGUCGAAAUAUCUGUUAAAUUUGAGAAACGAAUAAACUUUAGAAAAGUAUAAUACCUGAGCAGCUUAAUAAUAUUCUGUUAGCCUUUUCAACUCAUCUAUUCUUGUUAAUUAUUGUAAUAAUAUAAGCUGUUGAGAAUUAUAAUAUUAUGUACCUAUAGUUUGAUAAAUUACUCGUAUUAAAAAAGUAUCGGUUAAUCCAUUAUAAUUUAUAAGUGUUAAGUGAAUAUGUUAUGAUUGAGUUAAAUAUAAGUCUUACUUCGCACCAAUAUACAUUGUAUCUAGUUUCCGCUACUCUUAAACUUUUUUACACACUUACUGCUAAUGCUGUUGCGUUAAUUAUGACAUAUUUUUAUCAUAUAAUAAUCGUUGUAGAAAUAAGCUAAUGUUUUUCUUCAAACAGAUGUCUCUCAGAUCACCUGCGUCUUUUUCGAAGCAUAGAAGUUAAGUUUUUUUUUAAUUAUUUUGCAGUUAGUCAUAAUAACUGAGCAAAAAACACCUCUUCAACAAUUUUUUUUAUUCUUUCAAGAAUUUUUAAAAGUGGACUUGUUUUAAAGUUAAGUAAAGAAACAUGUUUUAUAUAAGUUCAUUAGUAGACAGUUACAUUAGCAUACGUCUUGUAUUUAUAUUGAACUACACCCGUGCAUGUAAUUUUCCUCAGCUAUGACGUCAAUCCACAACCGAUAUGAAAUUAUAAUGAAAAUUGUUUGUUUUGUUAUGAAAUUCCUUAUAUAAUUUAUUAGUUAUAAAUAAAGGUUUAUUAAAGUUG